GCUCUCCAGCAUGGGAUGAGGUGACCGUGUGUGAUACCUGAGGGGUCACACACGCACAGGGUUCAAACCCCUGUCCUUUGUCCCGCAGCCAGGCUCCUCUAACCAGGUUAGAGAGUAACCUGGCCUUUCCCUUCCCCCAAGCCCAUUGUAGCAGGCACCCGGGRGCAGCAGGCAGCCAAUGCCGGCAGACGGGAAAUGGCACUGGGGAAGCGGGGAGGAGGAGGGGAACGGCAGAGAAGUUCCUGAAGUUUUCUGUCCUGGAUAGUUGGAAUAAAUCUCAUUUUCUCUGGUCUCCUUGCGGAGUCGAGGAUUGGCUCGGCAGUGCUGCAGCCCGCCCUCCUCCUUCCCACGUCCCCUCCCCGCCAACUUCGCUCCCUCUCUCCCGUGGCAUCAGGGCGUCAGCCUGGGAGAGCAAGCCGUGGGGGGACAGCAGUGAGAAAAAGAGGAGGACAUGUCCCCCCUUUCUCCUCCGCUGCGUUCCGGAGAACAGCACCAGUAACCCGUGGAGCAAGUUACAGCAGCCUGCGGAGAAUGUCUCGCAACUUUUCGUCUGGAGGACGGAGAAAAAAAUAAUAAUCCUGGUUCGAAAGAGUGCCUGCUGCCUGCCAGCAUGCAAGGAAAGACAGGGGCCGGGAGGAGCUGGCUUGCUUCCCUGUGGUGACCAAGAGACAAGGAAGGAGAAACACUUUCCUCCACCUCGCUCCCUCACUCAAUAGUUGUCCAGACAGAGAGCAAGGGUGGCCAACAAGGGGACCAAUGCACUUGCCCUGCCAGUCCACUCAAAGCUCUCAUUGCUGCCUGCUGCCCCACCUGUGACUGGCUCCCACUCACCCAGUGGCAGCAGAAGACCUCUAAAUACACGACCCGACACUGCUUCAGGGGACCUCUUCAGAACUGAGGGUGACUCAGACCCUCCCUGGGGACAUCUCUGUGCCACCACUGUCCUCACUACUGAGAACUUACCCUCUGAGGGUGAUUUCAUGAGCACGACGUAGCGCAGGGAAGCGGGAAACCUGCCAAAAGCCAAAGUGACGUGCACUGUGACCCCGAGAGCAUCGGUGCAGGAGCCAUGGGAAGGCUGGGGAUGUGACAGACCACCCCAGUGCUGGAAGCCUGGUGAGGGCUGAUUUUUGGAGCUUUUUCAAAGGCAGAGUGAAGGGUACAACAUGAGCCUGGGGAAGCUGCCAGUGCUCAGCUGGGUGUCAGGCUCCCAUGGCAAGCGGCGGCUGAAGUCGGAGCUGACGCCAGACAUGAUCAGCCCGCCGCUGGGUGACUUCCGGCACACCAUGCACGUGGGGCGCGGCGGGGAUGUCUUUGGGGACACCUCUUUCCUCAGCAGCCAUGGUGGGGCCGACACAGCCAAACCCAACAACUUCUUCGCCCGGACACUGCGCCACGUCCGCCGCACACCGCUGAAGAGACGGGGCAGUGGGGGCCAGGCGGGGGCCUCACCUGCCCCCCCAGCCAUAUCACCCAUCAUCAAGAACGCCGUCUCGCUGCCACAGCUCAACGAGGGGAUGUAUGAUGGUGCCAGCGGAGGCCGGGGUUUGACCAGCAAGUUCUCCUUCAAAAGUGCCUCCAACAGCUUCUCCAAAACACACCAGGCUUACGGGCUGGAGUCCGGAUUUUGCACCAUCCCUCGUGUCCCUCGCUUGGAAAAGGGCCAAGAGAGCACCUUCCCCGGGGAAGAUCAGCUGGAUCGCUCCGACUCCCUGCUGUCAUUCCGCCUAGACCUGGGGCCCUCCCUGAUGAGUGAGCUACUCCAGGUGAUGAGCUUCUCUGAAACCAAUGGGAACGAGGUGGGGGAGGAUGGCCCACACCUCCUGUGCGAUGAGGGGACCAAGGACAGGGUUCCUCCACCAGUGGGUGCAUCCCAGGAAGAGGACAAGGCAACAUCCAGCUUCUGGGACCACUCCAGGCAGAACAACUUGUCGGGAGCCAGCUCACUGCCAGGUCUGUCGGUCCAUGCCAAUGGAGAGGCACAUGCCAUUGAAGGCGCUGGAGGGAACUCUGACAGGGCUUCCGGGCCAGGGGCAGCACCCAGAGGGUCCCUGUGGCAGGGGCACUGGAACGACUGCACCAUUGAGGCAGGAGAAUUUGACCGAGCAGCCCAGGUCCUGGCCCGCCAUUACGGUGGGACUAGCACCCCACGCAGCUCGGAGAAGGGCGAGGGUCCCCAGCAGGUCCGAACACAGACCCUGUGGGAGAGCCCCAGCAGCAGCUUGUGGGGGUCACAAGUGACAAGGCAGAGCCGGUCCCCCGAGGCCAGCUGGAACCAAGGAGAGGAGGAGGUUGAGGAGACCAAGCUCUCCAGCCUGCAGGAAAGCUACAGUGAUGCCCGAGGGGGCUGCAGCAAUUCUUUCGAGUAUGCUGAUGAGGAGGAGGAAGAGGAUGAUGAAGUCAAGGUGUGAACGGCCAUCCCUCCCAUCACAAGCCCCUCCAGAGACACUGGUACCGGGAUGUUUGCCCUCCUCCCUGUGCCCCACCCGCUGGUGCCUGUGUUACCAGCAGACCCAGUGGGUGAUCUCCUCACCAAGUUGGGGCAUUGGGUGGGCCAGAAAGGGGCAGGAAGAGAGCCCAUCUCCUGGGGGUUUCCCUGGGGCUGGGCCAGGCUGCUGCAGAGGGCCAGGGGGCACUGCAGAGCCAGGCAUAGCACCCCUUCUCCAGCCUCACAGCCAUUAGACAUCACAGGAACAUUCCCAUGUGCCAAAGGAACCCCAAAUCCUUCCUACCCCAUCCCAUUCUCCCCAGAACCCUCUGUCUCAACCCUCAGCCUGGCCACACCAGCACAUCUGGGGACACACCCCAUCCUUCCACUGACAUCCCCAGCCAUCCUCUGCACUAUUACACAUGCCUGCCCAGAGAUAUUCCUACAGAUAGCUCUGGCAUGUAGGGGAUGGGCAUCUCCCCAACUCCAACUGGUGCAAGACCYUUUGGUAUGGCCCAUCUAUCAACGGGGAGGAUAGCUGGGGUCCCAAGGCAAACCCUACAGCACUGAGCUUUCUCUUCUCCCUUCCCCCCCCCCCCCAAAAAAAAGCUGUGUGUUCAGCAUUCAGGAGGUAAGAGCAUGCACAGAGACAAUCAGGAAUCUUUCCACUUGCCUCCUGCUGCUGGGUAUCACUUAGGACAACUUCUUUCUUACCCCCACUCCUCUCAGCAAUUGAGAGGGGAGAAACUUCUUGGCUAGCUGGUGGCAAAGGUAGGCUGUCAGGUCACCAAACUGUGGUUCAAGCCCUAAAAAUCCCUUCUUUUUCCCCUGUCUCAGAAAAAGCAGACUCCUUUGCAGCCACUCAGUUUGUGUCACCAUCCUCGUGAUGAUYGCACAGCGUUUGUGUCUCCAUCCUUGCUCCUUGCUCCCCUCCCCGUUCCCCACACACAUGACCCUCUUUCCAGUGCACCCCUUCCCAAGAGUAAUGUACCAUGGCUAAUGUCCCUCGCUGAGUGGCCCUGGGUGACACAGCCACCCUGGAAUGAGCUGCCCCCCACACUGCCCCGUGUGCAAACUGGCCCUCAUAGAAGCGCCUUUGUGCCRUGGUGUGGAGCCGACAUGCUCAGGGGCUGAGGUCACCAGAGGGACCCUCACAGGACCCCCCUUGUUCUCUGGGACAGGAGGGGGUGUGCAGUGGGGGCAGAUGCUGGGCCAUGGCUGCAAAGACUCUGCUCCCACACAGCUCACCCGCCACCCUGCUGCUUUUGCCCGGGAGCUCUUCAGAGCAGGAGAAAAAGCUCCAGGGUGUGCACAUACUGCACAUGGAAGUGCCAGGCCACCAAGGUUAAGGGCAAGCCCAUGUUCCCCAGCCUCCCCAAAGGGCUGCCUCAUGCCAGCCACCAGCAGCAAGCCAGAGCAGGCACCAGGAACAAGAAGUUCCCAGGUCUGGCUACUGGCACCCAGCAGGAUCAGCCUUAUCCUCCCUUGCACCUUCCAGGGUGGGGACCUGGGCUCUCAGGACRAGCUCCCCUCUGCCCUCUGCUUCCCAGACCGUAACAUAAGACCAAAGACACAUAUCUGUGGAAUUAUCCUUUCUGCCUCUCCUCUGUAUCCCAUGCACUUAUUAUUGUCCUUAUUAAAACAGUUUUGAUACUAA